CCAGCGGGGCGGCCCCCGGCUUAUUCCACUCGCGAGAAGCACCGCGCCGAGCCCGCCACCAAGGCCGCUGAGGGAUGCUGCGCUCCACGUCCACAGUCACGCUGCUCUCGAGCGGCGGCUCCAGCGCUCCCGGGGCGCCCAACAGGAGGGCAAAUGUCUGCAGACUACGGCUGACCGUACCUCCUGAAAGUCCAGUGUCUGAGCCAAGUGAAAAGAAGGUGGAAAGAAGAGAGAAGUAUCGUGACCUGAGCAAUGAUGAACCCACCAUGAAACUCCCUCAGGGUGUUGUCUAUGGUGUGGUGCGAAGAUCAGAUCAAAACCAGCAGAAAGAAAUGGUGGUGUAUGGGUGGACCACCAAUCAGCUGAAAGAAGAGAUGAACUACAUCAAAGAUGUAAGAGCCACUUUGGAAAAUGUAAGGAAGCGAAUGUACGGAGACUAUGAUGAAAUGAGACAGAAGAUUCGACAGCUCACCCAGGAACUGUCAGUUUCACAGGCUCAGCAGGAGUAUCAGCAGAAUUACAUCCAAACCCAGUCGUCAGCCCUGGACAGUUUUAAUACCAUGAACUCGGCUUUGGUGUCGGACUCCAUCGGCCUGCAGAAAACCCUUGUGGAUGUUACUUUGGAGAACAGCAACAUUAAGGAACAAAUCAGAAAUCUGCAGCAGACACAUGAAGCCUCCAUGGACAAGCUGCGGGAAAAGCAGAGGCAGUUAGAGGUAGCACAAGUGGAAAACCAGCUGCUGAAAAUGAAGGUGGAAUCCUCCCAAGAAGCCAAUGCGGAGGUGAUGAGAGAGAUGACCAGGAAGCUGUACAGCCAGUACGAAGAAAGGCUGCACGAAGAGCAGCAGAGGCACAGUGCCGAGAAAGAGGCACUCCUGGAAGAAACCAAUAGUUUUCUGAAAGCCAUUGAAGAAGCCAAUAAAAAGAUGCAAGUGGCAGAGACCAGCCUAGAGGAGAAGGACCAGAGGAUCGGGGAGCUGGACAGGCUGAUUGAGCGCAUGGAGAAGGAACGCCAUCAACUUCAACUCCAGCUCCUGGAGCAUGAAACAGAAAUGUCAACAGAAAUUACCAAUUCUGACAAAGAAAGGUAUCAGCGGCUGGAGGAGGCGUCAGCCAGCCUCCGGGAGCGGAUCCGACACCUAGAUGACAUGGUGCAUUGCCAGCAGAAGAAAGUCAAGCAGAUGGUUGAGGAGAUUGAAUCACUAAAGAAAAAGGUGCAGCAGAAACAGCUCUUAAUAUUGCAGCUUUUAGAAAAGAUAUCUUUCUUAGAAGGAGAGAAUAAUGAACUACAAAGCAGGUUGGACUAUUUAAUAGAAACCCAGCGCAAGACUGAAGUGGAAACCAGAGAGGUUGGAGUGGGCUGUGAUCUUCUACCCAGGAUCCAUCUUAGCACUUUAACUACCUGGGUCAAUCAGCAGAGGAAAUGAAAACUACGUAUCCACAUUUCCGAAAAGGCAGAGUAAUAUUUCAUUUGUUUCCUCACGAAUAUUUAUGAAGUGCCUACUAUGUGACAGACGCCGUGCACGUCUGGGUGGCGAGGAGCACAGCAUCUUGAGAGGUGAUUCAGGGCAGUGGUUUUCCACCUGUGCUUUUUGGAACUGCGUGCUGUGUGCUAGGGUGCCGGGAGGGGCCUCCAGGGGUGAGGAGGUGAGCAAGGAGCUGGCCUGUGGGGACUGUCCCCCCUCAAAAAAAAACAACCUGGCAAACUUAGCUUUUAGUGUGUUUUUUAUGUUAGAUUCCAAGUAAGAUUUUGCUUGAAUAAAAGAGCUCUGUGGUCAAAAUCAAAUUGGAACCCCCGAUCUAGUUUAAUCUCCCUGUCUUAUAGACACCAAAAUCGAGGCCCAGAGAGAUAAAGGGAUUCCCUAGAAGCCACACAGCCAGGAUUUGAACCAUACCUUUGCAGUCCUGGUAUGGUACAUCUGUAGUUUUAAAAUACGCAAUAGAGCUGCUAAAUUGUGUCACGUCUGUUCUAAUACAAUUCCUGGUUCUCACUUGGACUUCAAACUUGCAUCUAACUAAUAAAAAGAUUCCAUGGUGUUUUCCAGAAUAUUUUAAAAACAGUCUCCAGAAAAGUAAUGAAUUAAGCCUCAGUUAUACAGAUGAGUUUUGUUCUUACUCCCUGUUCUCCUGCAGAGAACUUGGCAGUGCAGUCCAGUUGGGAAGGCUCAGGCUGUGGGUUCCCUGCCCAGUCAGCUGCUGGGCAAGUUACCCAAUCUCUCUUAAACCUCUGUGAUUUCAUCCUUAAAAUGGGAAUGAAGAUGACAAUAUCAAAUUUUAUAGGGUUGUGAAGAGGAUUAAAUGAAAACAUGUAUAUAAAGCAUUUAGCAAGGUAAUUGGACCGAAGUUAGGAACUUAAUAAAUAAUAGCUAGUAUCCCUAUUAUCCAAAUCAAAACUCUGAUUUUACAUGUAAGACACUGGAUCAAGUAUUUUUUAAAAAUUUUAUUGGAGUAUAGUUGAUUUACAAUGUUGUGUU